AUGGAUGAACAGUCAACAAGUUAUAAUGAUAGUAAUACUACUACUACCACUACUAAUGCACUUUAUGCUGUUACUAAUGUAAGGCCAAAGAUUCGUCAAUGGUCAUUAGAUGAUUUCGAAAUUGGCCGACCAUUGGGUAGGGGUAGAUUUGGAAAGGUAUAUUUGGCUCGAGAAAAGGAAUCUAAAUUUGUGGUUGCCAUUAAAGUUGUAUACAAAUCAGAUUUGGUGGAAAGCAAUUUGAAGCGCCAAUUACAGCGUGAAAUUGAAAUUCAAUACCAUUUAAGACAUCCAAAUAUUCUUCGCUUAUAUGGUUAUUUCCAUGAUGAUGAUCGUGUUUAUUUAGUGUUAGAAUUUGCGCCCAAAGGAAAUCUCUUUCAACAUCUUCAAGUGAUGAAAACAUUUCCACCUGAAUUAGCUGCUAAAUAUAUGUAUCAAUUGGCAUCAGCAAUGGAAUAUUGCCAACAAAAGAAAGUGCUACAUCGAGAUUUGAAACCUGAAAAUGUUUUAAUUAGUGCAAAAAAUAAUUUGAAAAUAUCAGAUUUUGGAUGGUCAGUACAUGAACCUUCAUCAAGACGAAAUACUGUUUGUGGUACAUUGGAUUAUUUGGCACCAGAAAUGGUUCCUGAAAAAACUCAUGAUUCUAAAGUUGAUAACUGGUCGUUAGGUGUUAUGCUCUAUGAAUUCUUAGUUGGUAAACCUGCAUUUGAAGCUAAGACAGUAGAACUUACUCUGAACAAUAUUCAGAAUUGUAGGUAUACUAUACCAGAUAAUGUACCAAAUGGAGCAAAAGAUCUUAUAUCACGUCUUCUUCAAAAAGAUCCUACACAACGUUUACCGUUAUCAGACGUCUUGAAGCACUCAUGGAUUCAAGAAAUGAUUGCAAAAGAUAGCAGUUAA